CUGUGGGAGUCUUGCACAGAGAAUUGAUCACAAAUCAAGUUUCCGCCUUUUCUCUCUAGAAGAAGCCGGACACUUCUCCUGAGAGAGCAAGGAAGAAUAAUAGGAAACAGAGUUUCUUUUGCUUCACAACAGUAAGGGGAAGGGAAAGGAGAAGGGAAGAUGUCAUCAUCCUCAGUGUAUUACCAAUGGAAGAGCUUCGAGGAAGACGAAGAUCGACCAGAGAAGCCUCGUAGAUUUGGAGUUACAGAGAUGAGAGGCCCUCAGUAUACUCUUUUAAGCCAGAACAUGCUUCAAGAUGUUUUUGAGACAAUGGGGCAGUUUGUUGAUGGACUGAAAUUCUCUGGAGGUUCUCAUAGUUUGAUGCCUAAGUCUUUUAUUAAAGAAGUGGUUGACAUGGCCCACAAACAUGAUGUGUAUGUUAGUACCGGUGAUUGGGCUGAGCAUUUGCUUCAUAAAGGUCCAACGGCUUUCAAAGAGUAUGUUGAGGAAUGUAAAAGUAUGGGGUUUGACACAAUUGAGCUGAAUGUGGGAUCGCUUGGAGUUCCUGAAGAAACACUUUUGAGAUACGUGCGCUUGAUUAAGAGUGGUGGUUUGAAAGCCAAGCCUCAAUUUGCAGUCAAGUUUAACAGGUCAGACAUUCCGAUUGGUGGGCAUAGAGCAUUUGGGGCUUAUGUACCCCCAACACCUCGAAGCUCUGAACUGGUUGAAGAUGUUAAUCUCCUGAUUAACAUGGCCGAGAGAUGCUUAGAGGCUGGGGCAGACAUGAUUAUGAUUGAUGCAGACGACAUCUGCAAGGAUGUUGAUUCUCUGAGAGCAGAUAUAGUUGCAAAAGUAAUUGGACGACUAGGUCUUGAGAAGACCAUGUUUGAAGCAUCAAAUACAAAAACUGCAGACUGGUUUAUCAAACGUUAUGGCCCAAAGGUGAACCUCUUUGUGGAUCAUUCUCAAGUAAUUGGUCUAGAAUGCCUCCGAGGCGGCCACAACAUGGGUAGAAGACAAGCUUCUGCUCUUGGCUCCUCAUACUUUCUCUUCUGAACUGUUGUUUUGCGAACGGACAGCAUUUUCCCUGUUGUAAGCUGGAACUUGAUAUGUUAUGUCUUCCUACUUUGUGAUAUCUAUGUCAGUAAUGCUAAAUGUGUGAGACUGAUCAUAUGUUGCAUGCAUGUCUCAAUCGUGCAUGUUCUAAUGUAAGAUGUCUGCUGAUUUUUAGCUCAUCAAAAUAUCAAAUUCCUCUUCCCGUCA